AUGUCUACCAAGCAGCACUUCUGCAAAGUUCCUAAAUCCACUACCUACCUUCGCGAUUUCCCCCAACUCUCUAAGCUCCCCUUCCCCCACAUUCCACAGAUUGCCUUCAUAAAUUGCGACGACACUAAGCCCGAGUUUGUUAAUAAAUUUGGGACUGUCUCCGACGUCUUCUACAACCUACUCAAGAACUACCUUCAAUCGCUGCUGCAUCCGCGUCCGGCGUGCGAAUGGUUCUCCAACGACGGCUGGUUCGAUUGGCACUGCUUCGACGCGCAGAAAGGACAGCUGCCGAUUCUUGACGGAACGGCUAGAUAUGACUGUAUCAUCGUCGGGGGAUCUUCAUCAUGUGUAAACGACAGUGACGAGUGGAUAUGCAACCUCUCUAACCUCAUAUACGAGGCAGCGCUGAUGCACUCGGACAUCAAGCUCAUUGGUGUAUGUUUCGGACAUCAGCUUAUCUGCAAGGUUCUAUACUCGCAUGUGCGCGUUGUUAAAGGGCCGUGGGAGGUAGGACCUUAUACAAUCAAGUUGAAUCAAGCCGGCUCCUUGCUCUUCGGUGGUGUUAAUACCCUCAACCUCAACAUGCUCCACGCUGACUCUGUUUGCUCAGAAUCCUAUGAAACGAGACUACGUCACAGUGUCAUCGGUGAAUUCAGAGGCGCGAAUGCCAGCCCCGCAUGCUUUCUUCACUCAGACAGAUCCCCCGUUUCUCAGCCUAUCACCUGGGGCAACACCGUGUGUACCGAGGCUACAACGUGCCAAGGUACUGUCGUAUUCGAUUCCGACUUGGGUGCCAUUGGGAACGCAGAUGGAGUACGCGUUCGUGUGUUCACAAUGCAGGGACAUCCCGAAACGACAGAAUCAAUGGCGGAGUUGCUUCUCGAGUUGUUCACUCGCCCUGGAGAAGAUAAAGAGGCCAUUCCGGAGUGUGUCGCGGAGGAGGCAAGGAAGAGAAUGGCCUGUUCUAGUGGCGUUCUUGAUUUAGAUAGGGUGGCGGGAACUAUAUGGGCUGUCGCGAGCGGGGCUAGGUUCCCAACUUUUGACUGA